CUUCCGCGGCGGCCAUUCCUGUCAUCAUUAUGGGGAAGAAGCAUAAGAAGCACAAGGCGGAGAAAGCCGAAUGGAGGUCCGCGCCCGCCCCGGCCGUCAGUGCCGCUGGGGCCGGCGCCGCUGCCUACGACGAUUAUGUAGAUAAACCUUUGGAAAAGCCGUUGAAAUUGGUACUGAAAGUUGGAGGCAGUGAAGUGACUGAGCUUUCGGGAUCAGGACACGAUUCCAGUUACUACGAUGACAGAUCAGACCAUGAGAGAGAGCGACAUAAAGAAAAGAAGAAGAAAAAGAAGAAGAAAUCUGAUAAAGAGAAAGAAAAGCAUCUUGAUGAUGAGGAGAGACGGAAAAGAAAGGAAGAGAAGAAAAGAAAAAGAGAGAAGGAACUUUGUGACACAGAAGGGGAGACCGAUGAUUUUGAUCCUGGGAAAAAAGUAGAGGUCGAUCCGCCUCCUGAUCGUCCGGUCCGGGCCUGUAGAACUCAGCCUGCAGAAAAUGAGAGUACACCUAUCCAGCAAUUACUGGAACAUUUUCUUCGCCAGUUACAGAGGAAAGAUCCUCAUGGGUUUUUCGCUUUCCCAGUCACGGAUGCCAUUGCUCCUGGUUAUUCCAUGAUAAUAAAGCAUCCCAUGGACUUUGGCACUAUGAAAGAUAAAAUAGCAUCCAACGAAUACAAGUCGGUAACAGAAUUCAAGGCAGACUUUAAACUGAUGUGCGACAACGCAAUGACAUACAACAGACCAGACACUGUGUACUACAAACUGGCCAAGAAGAUCCUCCAUACCGGCUUCAAGAUGAUGAGCAAACAGGCAGCUCUCUUGGGCGACGAAGACAUAACAGUUGAGGAGCCUGUGCCCGAAGUCGUUCCCGUGCAUGUAGAGACUACCAAGAAAUCCAAAAAGCCAAGUAAAGAAGUGAUUAGUUGUAUAUUUGAACCGGAAGGAAAUGCAUGCAGCCUGACAGACAGCACAGCGGAAGAACACGUCCUGGCACUGGUGGAACAUGCGGCAGAUGAAGCUCGGGACAGGAUCAACAGAUGCCUUCCGAACAGCAAGAUUGGGUACUUGAAAAAGAACGGGGAUGGCUCUUUGGUCUUCAGUGUAGUCAAUCCAUCAGACCCAGAAGUGGAAGAGGAGGAAACCCAUCCAGUGGAUCUGAGCUCCUUGUCAAGUAAAUUAUUGCCUGGUUUCACGACCCUAGGCUUUAAAGAUGAAAGAAGGCACAAAGUUACCUUUCUUUCAAGCAACAGUGCAGCGCUUUCGAUGCAAAACCACUCUAUUUUUCAUGACCUAAAAGCAGAUGAAAUGGAACUUCUGUAUUCAGCAUAUGGAGAUGAAACUGGAAUCCAGUGUGCCUUAAGCUUGCAAGAAUUUGUGAGAGAUUCUGGAAGUUACAGCAAAAAAAUAGUGGAUGACCUGCUGGAUCAGAUUACCGGAGGAGAUCAUUCAAAAACAAUUUAUCAACUAAAGCAGAGGAGAAACAUUCCAGUGAAGCCACCAGAUGAAGUCAAAGUUCCACCAGUGCUCAUAAAGGAAGAGCACAAAUUGCGCAAUACUUGCCCCGAUGCUCCCAAGCAAAGUGUGAUUGGAGAACCCUUGGGAGACAGCACUAGUUCUGUUCUGGAUUUUCUGUCUAUGAAGCCAUAUGACGUAUCCCUUGAUAUGUCCAUGCUGAGCUCAUUGGGGAAAGUAAAGAAGGAGCUGGAUCAUGACGACAAUCACUUACACUUGGAUGAAACAACUAAACUACUACAGGAUCUUCAUGAGGCUCAGACAGACAGAGUAGGAUCGAGGCCUUCCUCCAACCUCAGUUCCCUCUCUAACGUCUCUGAAAGAGAUCAGCAUCACCUAGGGAGCCCCUCUCACCUAAGCGUCGGAGAACAGCAAGACCUGGUUCACGACCCCUAUGAAUUUCUGCAGUCUCCGGAACCUGCAAGUGCCAAUAAUAACUAACGUGUCCUGUAUCAUAUUUAUGUUUUAAAACAAACGUUUUUAGUUUUCCAUCAGACAGAAUGCACUUCAGCGUGUCCUCUUUUUGGGUGAGGAUUGUUAUGUAAUAAUGUUUGUUCACUUUUGUAAAUAGUACUCAGGUAGCAAGUAGUAUCAUGGUAAUUGCGCCAUAGCUCACGCAAUACUUUAGGGUUACAGUUGUGUAUAAUAGUUGUAAAGGCACAGAUGCAAAUGACGUAUUUAAGAAACCCUGUCAAAAAUGCUAGCCAGCUGUCUAUCAUGCUGUCAUUAAAAGUUUUGUUCGCGUAGCUCCUUUGGGAGACUAUUUUUCAGGGGCAAUGUAAGUUCCCGACAACUGCCACCUUCCUCUUCUCUUUUCUCUUUCCAGUUGUUUAUUGUUGAGAUGGGCCAGAUUACGUCAUGAACAAAAUCUCAUAAUUUUGUAUGCAAUCACACACACACACAUAUACUGAGGACUUCCUCAUUACCAGAAGUUCAGUCUCUACCAAAUUAUUCAGCUUUUAAGUGUUGUAUAUACAAGUAAAUUGUACCUGUAUAAGGAGGCAAAUGUUUGUGUAGUUUUUAAAUGAAGUAUUUGAAAUUUGAUAUUGAAUGACCUUUUUUACGAUUGAUAUUAUGUGUAUACUAGAAUUAGUUGCUCAUGAACAUUAUUGUAAAUAUUAAUAAAAUGCCAAAUGUA